AUGACAUCCCCUUGUCCCAACAGCACGCGGGAGAGCAACAACAGCCAAGCGUGCAUGCCCCUGUCCAAAAUGCCUAUUAGCCUGGCUCACGGCAUCAUCCGCUCGACCGUGCUGCUCGUCUUCCUCACGGUCUCCUUCGUUGGCAAUGUAGUGCUGGCGCUGGUGUUGCAGCGCAAGCCGCAGUUGCUGCAGGUGACCAACCGCUUCAUCUUUAACCUCCUCGUCACCGACCUGCUGCAAAUUUCUCUCGUUGCCCCCUGGGUGGUGGCCACCUCUGUGCCUCUCUUCUGGCCCCUUAACAGUCACUUCUGCACAGCCCUGGUUAGCCUCACCCACCUGUUCGCUUUCGCCAGUGUCAACACCAUUGUUGUGGUGUCCAUAGAUCGCUAUCUGUCCAUCAUUCACCCUCUCUCCUACCCAUCCAAGAUGACCCAUCGCCGUGGUUACAUGCUUCUCUAUGGCACCUGGAUCGUGGCCAUCUUGCAGAGCACACCCCCACUCUAUGGCUGGGGUCAGGCUGCCUUUGAUGAGCGCAAUGCCCUCUGCUCCAUGAUCUGGGGGGCCAGCCCGAGCUACACAAUUCUCAGUGUGGUGUCCUUCAUUGUCAUUCCACUGGUUGUCAUGAUUGCCUGCUACUCCGUGGUGUUUGGUGCAGCCCGUCGGCAGCAUGCUCUGCUGUACAACAAGAGCCACAGCUUGGAGGUGCGGGUCAAGGACUGCGUGGAGAAUGAGGAUGAACGGGGAGGAAAGAAGAAGGAUGAGUUCCAGGAUGAGAGCGAGGUCCACGGCCAGGAUGAAGGUGUGGUCAAGGCCAAGGAGGGCAGCGUGGAGGCCAGUGUGGACCCCAUGGAAGCCAAGGACAGCAGCCUGAAGGCCAAGGAAGGAAAUGUGGAGAUCAUUGAGGGUAUCAUGGAGGCCCAGGGCACCGAGUUGGUCAGUGACAGCCGGAUGAAGGGUAAGGAAGUUGGCACCAACGUUGAGGAGAGCAGCAUGAAGGCAGACAAGGGCCGUGUAGAGGUCAGCCAGUGCAACAUCGACUUGGGUGAAGAUGACCUGGAGUUUGGGGAGGAUGACAUCCAUUUCAGUGAGGAUGAUGUCGAAGCAGUGAACAUCCCAGAGAGCCUCCCACCCAGCCGGCGAAACAGCAACAGCCACCCUCCUCUGCCCAGGUGCUAUGAGUGCAAAGCUGCUAAAGUGAUCUUCCUCAUCAUUUUCUCCUACGUGCUAUCUCUGGGGCCCUACUGCUUUCUAGCAGUCCUGGCUGUGUGGGUGGAUGUCCAAACCAAGGUGCCCCAGUGGGUGAUAACCAUAAUAAUCUGGCUCUUCUUUCUGCAGUGCUGUAUCCAUCCCUACAUUUAUGGCUACAUGCACAAGACCAUCAAGAAGGAAAUCCAGGAUAUGCUGAAGAAGUUCUUCUGCAAGGAAAAGCCCCCCAAAGAAGACAGCCACCCAGACCUACCUGGAACCGAAGCUGGCACAGAAGGCAAGAUUGUCCCUUCCCACGAUUCUGCUACUUCGCCUUGA